GCGGCUCCGGAGGAUAAACACAAAGCCAGAUUCCGCGACAGACGCUGCUGCACUUUCCCAAAUUGCAAUCCCCGUCAGGAGAGAGAGACGGAGGGAGGGAGGGAAUAGAGAGGGAUACAGAGAGAGAGAGAGGAGGGGGGGACUGCAGAACAUACAGGCUCUGGAUGAAUAACCAUGGCAACAGCAGCAGCAGCAGGAGAAGCGGUGAUAUAAACAUUGCAAACCGCGCAUCCCUCCGCAAACAGCGGCUCACUCACUGAAGGCUGGACCCGAGCCCUCUGCGGAUAUUACGCUUCAUCACUGCUAAGGUGAUGAGUGGGAUUAUAUCAUGUCUGAAGUACAGGGAACACUGGAGUUUUCUGUAGAGUUGCACAAGUUUCACAAUGUGGAUCUCUUUCAAAGGGGGUUCUACCAGGUACGAGCAGGGCUCAAAGUCUCACCUCGAGUGCCCCACAGGUUGAUAGCGACAACACAAGACAAUACAGGAGAAUGCAGCUUCAGCUCUGCGGGGGUCUACGAUGGCACCGUGUUCAGCCGGAUCUUCCAGAUCCUUUACAGAAAUGAGGAGAUUACGGUGAAUGACUGCAUGAUCUUCAAAGUCCACCUGCUGUUGGACGGAGAAAGGGUGGAGGAAGCCUUGAGUGAGGUGGACUUCCAGUUGAAGCUGGAUCUUCAUUUCACCGACAAUGAACAACAGCUGGCAGAGAUAGCAACUGUCCCGUUGAUCAGCAGUCGGACACUCAGCCUCCACUUCCACCCGCGGAGAGGGCUCCACCACCACGUCCCUGUCAUGUUCGACUACUUCCACCUGUCUGUCAUUUCUGUCUCCAUACAUGCUUCACUGGUUGCCUUACAUCAGCCGCUAAUCAGCUUUGCACGUACAGGGAAGGGCUCCUGGCUGGGGAAGGGCUCGCCAGAGAGCCCAAGCGACCCAUCUGCCAUGUCUGUAGAGAACCUUGUGUUCGGAGCUGGCUACUGCAAGCCUGUCAUCUCUGAGGGGAGCUUUUAUGUGCCCAGUGAAAACUGCCUGCAGAGAGCUCACACGUGGCACCGAAGGCUCUGUCGCCUCCUGUUGGUUGCACACAGGGGCCUGCACACCUACCACUCUGCACUGAUGAAGGAAAUCCCACAGCUCCAGCAGACUCCGCUGGAGUCAGAUGUGCUGCCUGUAGAAGAAACUCUGAAUCAGCUCACAAUAGAGUUACAGCUGCAGGAAGGCCACGAGAGGGUAGCGGAGCAGAUCAGCAGGGACGUGAGCCAGCUCUGCUCCCAGCUGGCUGCUCUUUGGAGCCGCUUCCUGGAGGCCGCUGUGCUCAACCCCCACAUCCUCUCCUAUCUGGCCCAGGAGCACCAUACGCUCAGGGUCAGGAGGUUCUCAGAGGCGUACUUCUUCACCGAACACCCCAAAGAGAUAUCUCUGACUUUUCAAGAAGAGCUAAUCAACAGACAUGGCCAGAUAGCUGGAGAAGUGCGGAGCUCAGACUACCUGACCAAGAUGCCUCCUUUACCUGUUGAGUGCCUGGACAUCGACGGAGACUGGAACAGCCUGCCCAUCAUCUUUGAGGACAGAUAUGUAGAGUCUCCUCAAACAGAGUGGGUAUCACAUGUGCCAACCACUGACGGGCAGACCAACUCAGGUCCCACCAUCACAAAUGCCAAUGGGAUUUUUGAAAGCAGCCAGGGAGCCAGAUCACCAGCAAUACCCCAGGAUCCCUCGGACAGCGAUGACUGCAUGGACCUGCCCACAUAUGUCUCACUCAUGGCACAGCAGAGUAAGACAGGCACCAACAUAAGAAUUACACAGAACCUCAUUUCUACUGAGGACAGUGUUGAACCGUCUCUGGCAGAGGAAGAGGACAUGAAGGAACCGGAGAAAAAACAACAUCCGGCUGAUGAGAGCUGUGAUCCAGGCCUGACGUACAUCACAGUUAAGCCUUGUGAUGUCGAUCCAUGUAGAGGAGAAACAGUCCUGGUUCUCUCCUCAAACCAUAAUCCCAUCACUGACUCUAAUAACAGCAGUGAUGAGUCCCCUGCUCAUCGUUUAAGAGAAAGUCCCGUCCAACUUUGUGAUGCCGCUAAUGAUAAAAAUGCACAAGAGAGUGAAAACAAUGAAGAGGAGUCUGAUAUUGCCAUGCCAUUAAAUCACUCCAUGGAUGAUGAGAGCGAGGAUGUUCCUCCCAUCAGCCUGCCCACUGUCCACGCGCAUCCUCCUUUCCCUGGUGAUCUCAGAAAAGAGAUGAGCCACCGUGGAGGCCUGGUUGGCUCCAAGAUCAUGAAGCGCUCAUCCUCAGUUAUUUCUGACUCAGGUAUUGAGAGCGAGCCCAGCUCGGUGGCCUGGCCCCUGGAGGUUGCGCUGCGAGGCCGACCUCCUCUGGACUUCUCCAGCGAACGGGAGAUCCCCCAGCAGAUAGUGUGUCGCCACCCGGUCCACCGCAGCUCACUGGAGGGCCUGCAGAUGGAGAGCAAUGGUAGCCUUCCAAGUGGAGGUAUUCAGGCCUCGCUCACCUCUAUUAGCUCCCUGCCCUACGAGGAGGACCAGCAGCAGAGGCAGCUCAGCAAACUGACCAAGUCGGUCUCUGCACCACAGAUAAGCAGCCCUGAAGACACUGAGGAAGACCAUGUGCAACUCAACCAGGCGACAGAUUCUAAGAGCUUAGCGCAACACCAGGAUUCAGUGAAGGUCAACUGCUCUUCUCUGAACAGCAACAUGGACUCAGAGCAAUCUGAAUCAUCUUUAUUAGAUUCGAGUUCAAUGGCAAAUCUUGGCCACGUCGUCACAGAGAAUAUUUGCUCUGAGAAGUCAAACCCUCCACAGUACCUGUCAGAGACAUACAAGACCAAGUCAGUGUUAAGUGAUGUGUCUGAAGUGUUGCUUUUACAAGAGUCUGCAGAGAGCCGGCAUGUGAAGGAAAGCACUGUUAUUGGCAGCCAGGGGGAGAAUGUGAACCAUCAAACACACAUCAGUGGAGUAAGCGCCUCAGUGGAGGAUGUGCAUCUCGUUGAAACUGUAGCAGUGCCCUGCAGCUGCGGAAACAAACCAUGUGUGCAUAAAAGUGCAGCAGCUCAGGAGAGAAUUAACACUGAAGAUGACUGCCAAAGUUUCCAUCACACCGAACUGCUUAGUGUCGAAGACCAGGAGUGUCUAGAUCCCUCCCGAACACCUCUAGAGCCUUCAGGGCUUCAGCACAUCAAUGACCUCCCCAGCAGCAGCACUACGCAGAGGCCGAGUGACCUUACAGGGUUGAUAGCCAAUGAUAUCACAUCACCUGUUGACCUUGAAGGCAUAUCAGCCAAUGAGAAAGAGCCUUUAGACUGCCAGACUAAGCCCUCUAAGAUCCCCAACUCAGGGCUGGCCUUUGUGAAUAAGAAGAUGGUGGAGGUGGUGAACAUGUCAGUGUCCUGUGCCCCGACCUGCCUGCCAUUUUCCUCUGUCCUGAGAGACUCUCCAUCCAUCAGUGGAAUGUCCGCUCGCCAGGCUACCUCACCUAUUACCCAUCAGCCCCUGGGGUCCUUUGGUAUCAUCUCCUCGUCUUCGCUCAAUCCACUGAACAUGGACGACGAGACCAAUGAACGAAUGCUAAAUUUCUACAAAGCCAAAGAGGAGCUGCUCAAAGAGUUGAGCUUUCAGGCCAGCUUGUACAGUGACCUUCCUCUCCUGGCAUCAGAUCUGCCCUACUUCCCCCCUGAGGAGGACGACGAGGAGUUUGAUGACGGCAUACACCUUGUGGUGUGUGUACACGGGCUUGAUGGAAACAGCGCAGACCUUCGGCUGGUAAAGACUUUCAUCGAGUUAGGACUGCCAGGGUCCAGGCUCGACUUCCUCAUGUCCGAAAGGAACCAGACUGACACGUUUGCAGAUUUCGACACCAUGACAGACAGGCUCCUGGAUGAGAUCAUUCAGCAUAUCCAGCUAUACAACCUCACCAUAGGCAGGAUAAGCUUCAUCGGCCACUCUCUGGGGAACAUCAUCAUCCGCUCUGUGCUGACGAGGCCUCGCUUCCGCUGCUAUUUGCCCAAACUGCACACUUUCCUCUCGCUGUCAGGCCCACACUUGGGAACGCUGUAUAACAACAGCACAUUGGUCAGCACAGGUCUGUGGUUAAUGCAGAAGCUGAAGAAAUCGGGAUCCUUGCUGCAACUCACCUUCAGAGAUCACGUUGAUCCACGGAAAACAUUCCUCUAUCUCCUGAGUCAGAAACCAGGGCUCCAGUUCUUCAAGAAUGUGGUGUUGGUGGCGUCUCCACAGGACCGUUAUGUUCCUUUCCACUCGGCCAGAAUAGAGAUGUGCAAAACCGCUCUUAAAGACAGGACCACAGGGCCCGUGUACACUGAGAUGAUCAACAACCUGCUGCAGCCACUUGUGGAGGCUAAAGAGUGCCGGCUGAUCCGCCAGAACGUGUUCCACGCUCUGCCCAACACAGCCAACACCCUGAUCGGCCGCGCCGCCCACAUCGCUGUCUUGGACUCUGAGCUCUUCCUGGAGAAGUUCUUCCUGGUGGCAGGGCUCAACUACUUCAAGUAAAGGUGCUAGUGCUGCAGGCUUACAGGACAGAACCUGUCGGAGGCUGAUGGAGCUGAUUUGGACGAUAAGGUCCUUACCUUCAUUUUGUAAAGUAAAUUUAAUGUAUAUAAUCCCUGGUAUCCAAGAGGCAAGGCCUGUAUAUCCCACUUGUUAGGACUGUAAGCAGCUGUAAAAAAGAUCAGUGUAUUGUGACUGUUGAAAAAUGCUAACUCAGACGUCUGAGUUUGACGUGUAGCCAUGCAAAACAAAACAUCUGACAUCCAUCACAGGAUUGAUUGUAGAUGUUUUAUGGCCUUAUUAAUAACCAGAGUCAGCCAGAACACUAACAGAUGCUAAUCGUGGUCGAAAGCAUUUAACUACUUUCCCUUUAGAGUUGGUUUAAAGCCUUCGGUAUGAGUGGUUGAUUGAAUUCUUCUAUAAGGGUUGGACCGAUGAUAGUUUGAAUCUAUCCUUCGAGCCGAGGCAACAGAUGGGCAGCAUUUAUCCCCUUGAUUGUACAUGAAGUAUUUUGUUGUACAAAACAUAAAUGUUCCUUUAUACAAAAAUGAAUAUAUUGUUUAAAGUUAUUUAUUUUUUAUCUGCGUAUGUAUCCACAGUGUAAGUAACCCAUCUAAAUGUGAUCUUUUGUGUGUCCUUGUCAUCAAAUCUAUCAAAUGAAAGUAAACCACGAAGGUGGAAGUGUAACCCUAAUGAAGCCCUGUAAGUCAGUACACUGAAUUCAGAAUACUGCUGGAGGUAGACAGCUAGUUAGCAGGACAUGCCAACAUUUGCAGCUGAAGGUAAUCUUUUGUUCUUGUGUGUUUUUGGUUUUGGAAAGUCUAAAAAAGACACCACUAUUGAAACUAUUAGAACACCGAGCAUCUCUCAUAGAGACGCAGUUGUUCCCCUUCCAGUGGACCACAACGGGACCUUAUUUCUGGAUAAAUCUUUACAGUAGUUAAUGGCGGGAGACAAAUAACUUUUCGAUCCUGUUUGAAUUGUGCUAUGAAUUACAUGUUUUUUGUCGAUUUCAAAGAUAAUUUUGCAAGUCAAGAAAGUUGCAGUUUGUCCUAAAGCUGCAUGAAAAAGACUAGUCCAUACCCAUUGAGUGCACAGUUGCCCACGCACAGUUUCACAUGGUGUGUGUUUGGGAUACAGGUCAUAGCAAAUUGCAGAUUAAAUAGUCAGCUGAACCCAUUAAGAAGAGCAAUGUAUUCAGACAGAGUGCUUGUGAAUUUCAUAGUACGAUUGCUUUAUUGAAAGUACAGUAGUACCAUUGCCAGUAGUGGUAGAAUGAUAUCAUUUGUCAAACGUGGGACAGACAGAGUGACUGACUGACAGAAUGACAUACUGACAGAAUGGCAGUUUCCAUGAUUAUGUGCAGAAUACCAUACCAUGACUUAGUCAUACCAAAAAUUAGAACAACAACAACAAUAACAUUGGUCCACAGGGGGAGCCACAGUGAUCGGUCACAUUUUAGCCAUUUUGAAGCAUGUUUCUGUUGUUAUAGCGCCACCCAGUUGACAAUUAGAGUUAAAUUUCUCCAGUCACCUUGAGGCGUCCUGUUCUACAUAUCUACCAAGUUUAGUAAAAAUCCAUAUGGCGGUUAGGCCUAGAUAAGAAAUGAGCUCUCUAGCGCCCCCAUUUUGUUUGAUGGGGUCAAUAAUGGAGGGGUCCCCUCAGAUUAUGUGUGGUCAUAUUCCUACAAAGUUGCGUGGUGAUGGGUGAAACCCUUGAGAUGUUAUACACCUUUAUGUGAUGAGCCACGCCCUCCGCAAUAUUCAUUGCCUUAUAGAAGCUCAGUUUUAGGAAGUUUUCCAACUUUUGCCAAGAGGGAACUUUAGAUAUUGGUCCCUAGAUUAUGUUCACCCAGUUUCAUGCAGAUCGCUCAAACUUCCUAGGAAGAGAUCCAUUUGAAGUGUUUUUCAAAAAAUUCAAAAUGGCGGAAAAUCUAUAUAAGCGGAAGUUAUGGGUUCUUGAGGCAAAUGUGUUCCUCAUGAGGAGAGGCAUCUCUGUGCAAAGUUUCAUGUCUCUACGACAUACGGGGCAUGAGAUAUGCCCAUUCAAAGUUUGACAUUUCAAUCGGUUGCUAUAGCGCCCCCCUUUGGCCAAUUGAUGUAAUAUUGCUUCAUUGGCAUCCUCCCAUGACCCUCUACCACUGUGCCAAAUUUCACAUGGAUUGACCAAGUCAGUGAGGAGAAAAACGUGGAACAGACACA